GAAGCUCGUAACCACUUCUGGCUCAUCCCGUUUUAUUUGACGAGAAUGCAGCCCGUCCAAAGGGAACCCGAGUGGAACUGCGAAGCCGAGCGUUCCGGCGUCAUCCCUCCGGCGACCCAGUCUCUCCACAGCGAAUGGAGGCCUCCGCUGACGUGGACUGAAUCGCCGCACGAUUCGCGUUUCCUGUCUGAAGGUCCGUGGCCGGCCGCAGCUGUAGCACCGGAUCGCAGCUAUCCCGGUUACUAUUACGAAGGCAGCGCCGAGCCCGUUUCCGAGCAGUCGCUGGAGCCUGAAGCUGCGACAGAUCCCUCGAAGCACGGAAGCCCCGAGUGCCUAAGCUUCGCCCUCGGGGUCGCCUUCGCGGCGCUCCUCUUGGGCAUCGGCCUUCUCGUCGUCCACAGUUCGCUGUCGCCGCUCGACGUCAGCCCGGACGUCGAGGAGGAUGGCGGGGCGCGGCGACUGGGCGUGGCGCCGAGCACAGUCGGCGAGCGUCUCAUUCCGCGGAGGAUUGGGCACCCGGACAUGGACGAACGCGGCAACAGGAAAAGGACGAUACGCAAUCGCGCGCGGAUCCAAGUCGUGGGCCGAGCGGGGAGCGGAGAGGCGGCGCGACCACCGCGCACGAGUGCGAAGACGAGCACCGAGACGACGACGCCUGCCACGACGGUGACCCCGACUCGGGACGAAGACGACGCACAACCAAGACGCGCCGCCACAAACGAGUCUUGCAGCCGUCAUGUGUACACGCAUUGCGCGCGGCCAAAGCCGGAGUUCUACUACAGUGCCGACCAGCGAGCCUGCGUCCCGGCGGCUGCGGACACCGUGCACGUGUGUAACCGCGGCUCCAACCGGUUUUCGAGCUUGGAGAGCUGCCUCACCAGCUGCGUCAGCGGUCGCCGCGUGUCGGACCGCUGCUACGAAAGCACGCUGUUCUUUCCCUGCGACCGGCAAGACGUGCUGGACCUGCCCUGGUACUUUGACGGGAAGAGGUGUGCCGUGUGGACGUUCCCGCAGGGCACCUGCUUGUCUGUGGCUCGCCGGGGCGUCUUCAGGAGCUCGGAAGAGUGUCGCCGGCGCUGCGUGCUCCGCACGGAGCCGGAGUGCGAAGAGACGCCACCCGCGCAGGCGUGCUCGCCUCGGCAGCUGAGGCACCCUUAUUUCGCGGACAUGCAGGCACGCGGCGGAGCUCGCUGCGUCAACGCGUCUCGACGCACGCUCCAGUCGCGCCGAUGCCUCGUCGGCUCCAACCAGUUCGCCUCACUCGCCGCCUGCCGCAAAGCUUGCGUCGGGAAUUAGCAAGCUUGCAUCUUGCGCGCCGAGUGCCAAGCUUUGCCUUCAAUAGAGGCAGAUUUUAUGCGUAAUGACGAUUAAAUUCAGAGUGUGU